CUCUCGGAAUGUCCUGCUCGAGUCCUCUUGGGAAGAGUUCGUUUUAAAAGAGAUUCUGGGGUUCCCUGGUAAGGUAGCACAUCUGUUUCUAUUAGGUAUAAUACUGCCCUCCGCACCCCGAGGGUUCCCUCAGUGUAAAACGCAGGUGGUCUAGUCCAGCGGAGACACUUGCCCCCGGCCACCGCGGGGAAGCCUGAGGAGUGACGGGCCCAUCGCUCACGCAUGCGCACAGGCGUAGCAUGGGGGCGGGAGCCGCUGAGUCCCUUCCCAGCGUCUGAGAUCAUUGCUAGGAAGAACUCUGGGUACAAUAAUGAACACAGUGUAUGUGAUGAUGGCUCAAAUCUUAAGAUCUCACCUGAUAAAUGCUUCAGUGAUUCCUAAUCGAAUGAAAAUGGGUCCAUAUCUUGGUGUCAUUAGAACUAGAAUGAUGUCAACUCAUAAAUCCAAAAAGAAGAUGAGAGAAUAUUAUAGGCUGCUGAAUCUGGAUGAAGGAUGCUCUGCAGAUGAUGUCAGGGAAUCUUUUCAUAAGCUUGCCAAGCAAUACCAUCCAGAUGGUGGCUCUAGUACUGCUGAUUCUGCAACAUUUAUAAGGAUCGAAGAAGCUUAUAGGAAGGUGCUUUCCCACGUGAUAGAACAAACAAAUGCCAGACAGAGUAAAGUUGAAGAAACAGAAGAAGAAGAAAAAAAAUUCAAAUAUAACACACCCCAACACCGGCAUUAUUUAAGUUUUGAGGGUAUUGGUUUUGGGACUCCAAGUCAACGAGAGAAGCAGUAUAGGCAAUUUAGAGCAGACCGUGCAACUGAGCAAGUGAUGGAAUACCGAAAGCAGAAACUGCAAAGCCAGUAUUUCACCGAUAGUGUAACUGUUAAAGAUGUAAGACACAGUAAGGAACAAAAGAUAACUCAAGCAAUAGAACGUUUGGUGGAGGAUCUCAUUCAGGAAUCAAUGGCAAAAGGAGACUUUGACAAUCUCAGUGGGAAAGGAAAACCUCUAAAAAAAUUUUCUGGCUGUUCAUAUAUUGAUCCCAUGACUCACAACCUGAACAGAAUAUUGAUAGAUAAUGGAUACCAACCAGAAUGGAUCCUAAUGCAAAAGGAAAUAAAGGAUACUAUUGAUCAACUCAGAGAGGCAAUUUUAGUGUCAAGGAAAAAACUUGGGAAUCCAAUGACACCAACUGAACAGAAACAGUGGAACCAAGUUUGUGAGCAGUUUCAAGAAAGCAUCAAAAAACUAAACAAGCGAAUUAAUGACUUUAAUUUAAUUGUUCCCCUUCUGACCAGGCAAAAAGUCCAUUUUGAUGCACAGAAAGAAAUUGCCAGAGCCCAGGAAAUACAUGAGACCCUUAUAAAAACACAAGAAGUCACAGAUAAAAACCCAAAUAACUUUGAUCAGGGAGAAGGAGAGAAAACACCUGGAGUCAAGACAGGUUUCUUUAACUGGAUGAAUGUGUGGCACUUUAUUAAAAUAUGACCAUCUCGUCGUUCACAGAACUGCCCCCAAUCAUUUUCAGUAGUACUGACAUCACACAUAGAGGCUGAGAUUUCUUUCUAUAACACAAGAGUCUGAGAACUGUGUGCCUCUGUACUUUUCACAAAACAAGUCACAUCUCCAGUGAUGUGUAGAUGAGAGAGCUGUAAGAAACUAAGUCAGAGAAAUAUUCAACCAGCUUUGCUCUGAGGAUAUAGCAAAACAAGAGGAGAACUUACUUUUAAGGAAACAAUUUAAUACAUUUCAGAGCAUAAAUGUCAGUCAUCAGGUGAAAGGAGUUAGGAAAGGGACUCAGGCUGGGAAUCAUAAAGGGUAUUCCAAAGUCUUAGUGCAGUUUUAAACUCUAAUAAGUUAAAAACAUUUGCUGUUUGCCAUCUUCAAACAUAGGUACUUCAACAACAACUAAGAAUGUAUCAUGAAAGGUCACAGAAUGAAAGAAGUAUGGAAUGUAGGCAACUAAACCUCCAAAUGAUGUAUGUUUUCCACAAGUUUGCUGCAUUUAUAUACCGGAGGUUAUUAAAGCACUAAUUUUUCUAAGCCUUUUGGGACAUUCUCUAUAUGGUUGGAAAUGUUUAGAUCAGAAAAUUAGCCUAGUGGAGUUAUGACACUCUUUUUUAUAAAGCCCUUCUCUCUGGGUACUGAAUAAAGAAACCACCAAAUAUCUUGGUUGUACUUUUUCCUGCCUAACUUCAUGAGCCAUUGGCAGCACAGAUCCAUCAGCCAAGCUAGCUGAUUUAGCUUUUCUAGAAAUAGACUCCAGUGUCCACUUUUAAAGAGUUUGAAAGUAUUUUCUGACCUUUCAGAGGUGGGGGAAAAAAGAUCCUUGGGCUCAAUGGAAACAAGAUUUCACUUUUGGCUUCAUCUCUAAUCAGAGUUGAAAUGUUAGGUUUACAUAAACCUACCUGAAGCCUCUCUUUGUUAUGUAUCAAACUCCCCAGAGGCUUUUUCAGUGAUGUGAAAAUCUCAGUUUACUGUCUUAGGGAUCCAAUUUCCUGUCUUAGGAACCCUUUAAUAAACAAAGAUAAGGUGCCCACUUGCACCUUUGGCAAAUGACAGGAGAUUGACAUCCAUGAGAUUGUGUCCCAACCACUUUCAGAAAGCUCUGACUUCUUUAGGUUUGUGUAACUGCCUUAUUCACAGAAUCGGGCAACUAGAGGAUAAUGGAGAGUGAUCAAAAGGAGCAGGUCUGUUUCCUUAUUUAAUUCGGAGCACUGUACUAUGGAAGUGCCUCAGAAGCAUGUCACUUGCCCCUCUGAUUUUGGAAGAACACGUUAUUUUGUAAAGUGUGUGAUAGUUAAAUAAAAUUACAUCUUCAAAAGGAAAUUUCAGACCUUUCUGCUUACAUUAUGGGGCAUUA